AGUGUUCGUUCGCAAGGCCAGCCAGCACGCCAAAGGCAAACGCCAAAGCUACGCUGGCUGCCGUCGCUGAAUGCAACCACACUCCUCCCGCCCAAGGGUGCCGGCCUACACUCGGCGCCGUCUAAGACCACCUACUGUGCCCAAGUCGCCCUUCACCUUCCUUGUCGCGAAAAAUACCCGUGACACCAGCCUGAGCAACAACACCCAGCAGACGAUGAACGACCUGCGCGAGGGGUGCAGAAUCAAAACAAGCCUGAAGUAGGGAGAGGAUGAAGAGGAUGAAGAGAAUGAAG